AUGCAUUUGAUACCAAGAGAGAUUGAUAAGCUGCUCAUCUCGCAGACGGGUUUCCUUGCCCAAAGGAGACUCGCGAGAGGCAUCAAGCUGAAUGCGACAGAGGCGACCGCACUAAUCACGAACGUGAUUCAAGAACUCAUUCGCGAUGGAAACCACAGCGUCUCGCAGCUCAUGGAUCUCGGGCAGCGAGUUCUGGGACGCAGACACGUUGACCCAUGCGCCACUUCCGUCGUUGUCGGUCUGCAGAUAGAAGGCACCUUUCGGACGGGCACGCAUCUCGUCACCAUCGACCAGCCCAUCGCCACCGACGACGGCGACUUGGAGCUGGCCAUGUACGGGAGCUGCAUCGCGGCUCCCAGCCAGGAUCUGUUUCCACAAGUCAACGUCCAAGACUUUGCUCACGAAAAGAUGCCCGGAUGCGUAAUUGCUGCAAAGGGGAGCAGCAUCCAGCUCAGCAAAGACCGAAAGAGGAUCCGUCUCAGAGUCACAAACAAGGGUGAUAGACCAGUUCAAGUUGGCUCUCAUUACCACUUCAUCGAAACGAACCCCUACUUGGAUUUCGACCGGCUCAAGUCCUACGGUUUCCAUCUGGACAUUCCCGCCGGCACCUCUGCCCGCUUCGAGCCCGGCGACGUCAAGACCGUCACCCUCGUCGAGGUCGGCGGCCUCAAGACCAUCCGCGGCGGCAGCAGCAUCGCCCCCGGCCGCAUCGACCUGUCCAUGGCCAACACCAUCCUGCGGCGGCUCGAGGCCGAGGGCUUCCGCCACACGCCCGAGGACCCGCCCCUGUCCGACGGCAGCCUCGCGCCCGCGACCAUGGAGCGCGCCGACUACGCCGGCAUGUACGGCCCCACCACCGGCGACCGGGUCCGGCUGUCCACGACGGACCUGUGGAUCAAGGUCGAGCAGGAUUUUACCACCUACGGCGACGAGUGCGCGUUUGGCGGCGGCAAGACGCUCCGCGACGGCAUCGGCCAGGCCAGCGGCCGCGCCGCCGCCGACUGCCUGGACCUCGUCAUCACAAACGCCCUCAUUGUGGACUGGAGCGGCAUCUUCAAGGCCGACAUUGGCGUGCGCCACGGGCACAUUGUAGGCAUCGGCAAGGCGGGCAACCCAGACGUCAUGGAUGGCGUCCUGCCGAGCCUGAUCAUCGGCUCCAACACAGACGUCAUUGCCGGCGAAGGCAAAAUCAUCACGGCGGGCGGCAUCGACACGCACUGCCACUUUAUAUGCCCGCAGCAGGCGGACGAAUCGCUGGCAUCGGGCGUCACGACGCAGUUCUCCGGCGGCACCGGGCCCAGCACCGCGACGGUGGCGGCCAACUGCACGCCCGGAAAGAACAACAUUCGACGCAUGAUGCAGGCGUGCGACUCCCUGCCGCUGAACUACGGCGUCAUCGGCAAGGGCAGCGACUCGGGCCCGCGCGGCCUGCACGACCAGGUCGAGGCGGGCGUGGCCGGGCUCAAGGUCCACGAGGACUGGGGAUGCACGCCCGCCGCCAUUGACAACUGCCUGAGCGUCUGCGACGAGCACGACAUCCAGUGCGAGCUCCACAGCGACUCCCUCAACGAGGCCGGCUUCGUCGAGCAGACGGCCGCCGCCUUCAAGGGCCGCACCAUCCACGCGUACCACAUCGAGGGCGCCGGCGGCGGCCACGCCCCGGACCUCAUGACGCUCGUCUCGCACGCGCACGUCCUCCCCAGCAGCACCAACCCGACCAACCCGUACACGACCGACACGGUCGACGAGCACCUCGACAUGGCCAUGUCGUGCCACCACCUCUCCAAGGACAUACCCGAGGACAUUGCCUUUGCCGAGUCGCGCAUCCGCGCCGAGACCAUUGCCGCCGAGGACGUCCUCCACGACGCCGGCGCCAUCAGCAUGAUGUCGUCCGACUCGCAGGCCAUGGGCCGCUGCGGCGAGGUCAUCUCGCGCACGUGGGACACGGCCGACGCCAACAAGCGCCGCUUCGGCUUCCUGCGCGAGGACGAGGGCUCAGGGGCCGACAACCACAGGGUGAAGCGCUACGUCAGCAAGUACACAAUCAACCCGGCCAUUACGCAGGGCAUCAGCCACGUCGUGGGCAGCGUCGAGGUGGGCAAGCUGGCGGACCUGGUCGUCUGGGAGCCCGCGCGCUUCGGCACCAAGCCGUUCAUGGUGCUGAAGAGCGGCUUUGUAGCUUGCGCGCAGAUGGGUGACCCCAACGCAAGCAUCUCCACCGUGCAGCCCAUCAUCUCACGGCCCAUGUUCUCGCGCCUCGUCCCGUCUGCUAGCGUGCUGUUCGUCUCCAAGGCCAGCAUCACCAACGGCGCCAUCAAGUCGUACAACCUCGCCAAGAGGGUCGAGACGGUCAAGGACACGCGCAAGGUCAGCAAGCACGACAUGAAGUUUAACGGAUCCACGCCCAUCAUGAAGAUUGAUCCCGAGACGUUUGAGGUCGAGGCAGAUGGCGUCGAGUGCAAGGCCGAGCCAUCGUCGUGGCUUGCCCUCGCACAGCAACACUUCAUCUUCUAG